AUGAAAUUUUUUGGAACCAACCCUUCCAAGCGUGAUUUUAAGACCCUGGUGCAAAAUAGCAUAACAUCAGACCAUAGCGAUGAGAUACCUAUACCGGUACAAGAUACGAAGAGUGACACAACACCAAAUGAGAAAAUGAACGAGCCAUUAGCGUCGCCGGCGUACGAGGAUGUUCCGAUAUGGAAUAUUUUGCCUUCAUACCAACUUUACCAAUCGACGUUUUCGAAAAACCUUCGCCCGUCGAACGAAGACUUGAGAUAUGCGCCACCUACGUACCACGAGGAUUCUACAGAAACUCCCGUUGGAAGCGUUGAUCCGAGUACUGGGAGUUACUUUCCUAAUAUGACAGAUUCCCCAGGAUCGUCACACUCUACUGCGGCAGCUGCUCAUUCGUACUCGGGGAAUCUCAUAAAUGAAUCACCCACUAGAUGGGAAGAUAGUCUUUUGGGAAACACGCAUAGAUUGAAGAAAAUUGGUGAUAUUAACAGUGCUGUUGCUAAUCGAGUGAAAAUUGAAAUCCAAAUUACUGAAAAGGCGUGCAAGAGGGGUGUACGUCCCACUAUUAUCGACCCUCUGACUAUAGAAUAUCAGCCUGGGGAUUCUAUAAACGGAUUUAUCACAAUCAGAAACAAGCAUACUCUUCCUAUUCUGUUUGAUAUGUUCUCAGUUGUUUUUGAAGGUAAAAUUUCGGUUACAAGUGAUACGGAUUCGAAGAAGUCGCAUAUCUUUUAUAAAUUCCUCAAUAUGUUUGAUUAUAGUGCAUCAUGGACUCCAGCCGAUUUGAAUGAUGACGCUGAGGAGAACCAGUAUGAUCCACUUGAUAACGCAUGCAUGAGAUUUCCUAUGGAGAAAUAUUUCGAACCCGAUGUCACUUACAAGAAAUUCUUCAAUUUCCGUGUUCCAGAUAAGUUAUUGGAUGUGGCCUGCGAAUUCCAUAAUUUGCCGAGACAUUGCGAGAUGUUGCCUACGUUAGGUUUAGCAAAAGACCAAUUCUUGAAAAACUUGAGAAAAUUUCGACAAGGAGUUUCUGCAAAUACUGAAUUCACAAUUGGUGGGACGGCUCCAGUAUUGAAUCAGCCUAGGAAACCUGGUUUUAAUGGGGUCCUUGAUAAAAGAUUAAAGGAUUUAUCGUUCCCUGAUACUUCUGUUAGUUAUAGUGUUGAGGCAAGGGUUAUUGCUAAAGAAUCUGAUUAUAGUAUUAUCAUGCCAAAUUCUGCGGUCAAAUCAGAGAAGGAUGAAUUCUUAAUUGUUAAUGAAUCCAGUUGUUUUAUCAGAUUAAUACCAAAGGAGCGGUUAUCGAAGGCUUUCGACAGUCACAUAAUUGAAAAUGAAUCAAAGAUUAUAUAUAACAACUUAGUUGAAAGGGUAACCCAGAAAAUUCAUUUAGGUAAAGAUUUAUUGGAUGAGAAGCGUACAAUCCUGAAUAAUGAACAAACCUACGAAAUUACAAGAAUUCCGUCUAUAUCUAAAAGAAGACAAUUAUAUAACGAAGGGAGUAACAGUAACCUGAGUAAAAAUAAAUUAUUGAGAAAGGAAAAAGGUGCCAAGUAUGAAUUAUUCGUACCUUAUAAGAAGAAAUCGUUGACUGCUGCUCCUAAAGUUGUAGGAAUUAUUGGCUUGACGACAAUUAAAAUGGACUACAAAUUGAAAUAUAUGCCUCCAUAUAAAUAUAGAACUUUGCAUCCGCAUCCACCUAAUAACGAAUUAUCGACGAAGCUUAACAUUCCGUUAGAAUUUGUUUUCUCAUCGAAUGAAAGCUCUAAAGCGUCUAAACCUCCGGAUGUUAAAUCCAUAAGUGCAGAAUUAAUUGUCUUUACAUAUAGAUCAAAGAAAUAUCCUAUUCCUGUUGAGAUAUUUAGUGAUUUGUUAUUUAAGAAUAAACCGGGUGAUACUGACAAUAUUGAGCACUACGUCAUUAAGCCAUUCCAGAAAUAUCUAGAAGAAAUCACUGAUUUGUCGAGAAAACUAAGUUUUGAAAUCUUGAACGUUGAUAGUCAAUUAAUCAUGGACAUCAAGAGUUUAGCCAAUUUAUCUACAAAAUACAACUGCUUACGAGUUGACGAAUCUAAAGUGACUUCAAACCAUGCAACAACCCCUUGGACGUUUGUUUCUUCACAGGAAGCAAAGUCUUCCAGCGACAAAGAAGUUUAUUCGAAGAAGGUCAACCUCCUGGUUGACUUAAAGAAUGUCUUUUCAAAAGACAAUACAGGGUCUCACGAUGACCUCGGCGUUGACGCCUAUUCCCUCGUGCCAAACUUCCAGAGUUGUAUAAUAGGUAGAGCUUAUUACUUGAGACUUCACGUCAAAUUGCAAAAUAAUGAUCUGAUGUACUUAAGAAUCCCUAUUACGAUUCAAUUAUGA